AUGGAGAUGGAUCCGCUACAGACACAGAUUCAAACAGAGCUUCCCUUCUGUCGGUUGUGCUUUUCACAAGCGUGCGAUUUGUACGAGUUGUUCCCGGGCGCAGGAAACGACAAUGAAUCUCUGCUGCUGAAGAUACUCGAGUUGGUAAACGUCGCGAUAAACUUCGAUGAGGACCUAAACUCGUACAUAUGUGGCAAAUGCGUAACGAUGGUGGAGGAUUUCUUCGAGUACAAGGAGAAGGUGAAGGAAAACGAUCUGCUGCUGCGCGAGAAGCGCAAAUCGGUCGAUCAUGCGGCGGCAAUCUACAACGUUGUCAGCAUGCAGCCGGACGCAACAAACAGUAGCGCCUCGAACGGUGCGACUGGCGCGGGUAGUGGUUCCGAGCUGGGUGCGGGCGGUAUCGAUGAACCACACGUUGGGAUCGAUCAGCGCAUCUCGAUCGACGGUGGUCCACCACUGAACGGUAACAUAAUCGAGUUCAAGAAGCAACUGUUCACUGCCUCACCGGCCCAGAUCGGUAUCUGGUUGUGUGUAGCGUCCGGCAGUGACAUCCAGUGUCCGGCCGCGAUCGAGGUGGACGAUAACAUACAGGUGGUGGCGGAGAUAGGGCAACACAACCACGGGUUGCCCGUCUCGGUGCCGGAAAAUCCGCCCGAAACGACACCGACGAAACAGCAGUCCCAGCACCAACAGCCACAGUCCCACCAUCAGACACAGCAUCAUCAGCACACGCAAGAACACCAUCCACACGAGGAGGAUACGAUCGUGGUGACGACAGAUGGAACGCCGGCUAUUUUAUCUACCAGCACCGGCUCACCGGUAAUCGCGAACAGCUCAUCCCGCGGCGGUGUUGGUGGCCCCGGCAGCAAAGCAUCCUCGACCUCGUCUUCGGCGAAGAAGAAAAAAACGCGUGACCAACCAUCGAAGCGCAAGGUAUCGAACGACAUGCUGGUCGGCGAUGGGUGGCUGACCGACGUCACCACGUACAAGCGCAACCACUACCAGCUCGUUACGAAAGAUGGCUACCAAACGUUUCUCAUCUACAACGGGUACCGGUUCCGGACGCAGCAAAAGAUCCGCAACGGUAUAGCGGCGUGGAAGUGUGCGUGGAACGGGCGGAAAGGUUGCCAGGCGAUACUGCACAUCACGGAGGACUACCAGAAGGUGCGGGAGGUCGGUUCACCCCACAACCACGAACCGUCGUUGCGCGAUCGGAUCAUCUCGAACAAACCGACCAACGGGAACACAUCGGACCAGAGCCUCAUCAUGCAAUCGGACAGUGAGGAGCUGAGCGAGAUGCACAAAAUAACCGCCAGCACAAGCGUCGGUUCGACGAGCGGUGCCGGCGGUACGCUGGCGGGCGAAACGAUAACGUUGGGCGGUGGUGCAACCGUGGUGGCCAUCACCACAACCGGUGGGAACGCUUCCGUGAACAGUAGCACCUCGACGACGGCCAACGCCACGCUAGACCUUACCUCGGAGAUGGAUUUCGUGCAGCAGAGCAGUAACAGUGGCAGUGAGCUGAUCACCACCACCACCACGACCAGCACGUCCGGUGGGUCGUCCUCCUCGUCAGCUGACCCGCAGGGUGGUGCGGCGACGGGGCACCAUACACAGCACCAUCAUCACCAUCAUCAUCCGCAUCAUUCUUCGCAUGAGGUGGUGGGCGUGGUGGACGAAGUGGUCGGCAAGGACGAUACCACCAUGUCGAUGGAUAUCGAGGAAAUCAUACGCCCGCACGUGGUACUGCAUCCUAGCAGCGAGUAA